AUGAAGAAUCAAUACAAGAUAGAAUUGCCUGAUUUGAAAUCCAAAAAUUUGUUAUAGGAAAAUGAGAAAUUGAAUUCAACCACUUGGGUUAUACGAUAUCCUCUGAGUUCAAGUAGUAAUCAGAAUUCAAAGAAGGAACAGUAUUUGCCACUCUUGAUUGGAGGUGAUGUGAAGAUAUUCUUGGCUGCAGGAGAGGGUGGAUAUGUGUACUUUUGGAGAGAUCGAGAAUAAUUGGAAACUAAUUGUGGUGGAUUCUUGAGAGGACAUGCUAGCAAUGUGAGUAGAUUACAAAUGACCAAAUCAUAGGAUGUAUUUUACACGGUUGGAACCAAUGAUAACACAUUGAUUGAAUGGAAGAUAGAUUUUAUCAAUGAUCUGGCUGAUUUCUCUAAGCCAUUCUAGUAGGAUGAUAAGUUACAAAUCAACAAACCUGGACUCAAUAAUUUCUCCAUGGCUUCCAAUAAGUAGGAUUUCAAUUAAACCAUCGAUGAAAUCUUCAAAAGAGAAAAAGAUUAUUGCUUUUUCCUCAACAAUAUAUCUGACAAAUUCAGAGACAAUUUUGUUCAAUUCAGAGCCACCAAUCAAAAGAUGUUAAAUGGAUUACUCCAAGAACUGAUUCCACCCUUCGAUAAGAAACAACAUGUCAUGAAACGAGCACCUCCUUUGUCUUUAACUCUUGAUUACAUCUACGGAUUCUUAGCAUACGAUAAAAGGAGAACACUCUUCUAUGUUCACUUCUACAAUAAAUAAGAAAAGAAGAGGAGAGGAGGACAACAACAAUCAGAUUUGAAAUCAGAAUAACGAAAGCGAAUGGAGUAAAUGAAUUAGUAAAGUAUUAUGUUACCUGUCUAAUUCCAGAAAGAAAUGCUAUUAGCCAAGUAAGCCUUAUUACCUUACGAUGAUUCUCAUAAUGAUUGCUAAAGACACUUCGUUUACAUCACUUCUAGAAUUGCAGUUGUCUAUAAUCCAUUGAACAAUCAACAGAAGUUCUACGAAGGACACAGAUUCAAAAUCACUUGUCUAGCCAUUCAUCCAUUAAAGUGUUUUGUGGCCACAGGUGAAAGUGCUCCUAGACCUUGCAUUCACGUUUGGAAUGUGUUCAACACUGAACCAGUCAAAAUCAUCAGAACUAAUCAUAAGAAUGGUAUCUACGACUUGGUGUUCUCCAGAGAUUCCUUAUUUAUAGUCAGUAUAGGCAUAGAUGAAACCUAUUCAGUCUAAGUGACAUCUUGGAAGAAUGAAACUAUUAUAGCAUUUCGAAAUUCAGGGACAUUCCCAAUCUGCUGUGUUAUGUUCAACCCAUACAAUCGAUAUGAGUUUGCUACUUGUGGAUACUAGAAUAUCACCAUAUGGUCAUUACAAGGGAGAAACCUGAUUAGAAGUCAAGUCAUAUUAUCAGAUGAAGUCAAGUAUUCUAAUGGUUGUUUCAUCACCUGCUUAAGUUACAUCUCCUAUCUCUUAAGUGAUAAAGUAGAAAGUGACAUCAUUGUGGGCAAUAACUUUGGAGAUCUGGCUUUGGUUUCCUGUGGCAAAUACAUAGUCGUGAAAGAGAGAGCACAUCAAAAGAUGAUCAAUUGUUUGAAGAUAUCCUAAAUAUUGGGAGAUAAGGUUGUUAUCAUAACUUGUGGAGAAGAUGAGUACAUCAAAAUAUGGGAUACCAAAUUUAAUUUGAUUAAUGAGUUCAACAUCCGUAAGACUGGAUUCUUUCAGGAUGGUACUCCAGCAAUUAGGAAUCUAUCGGCGUAAUCAAUCGAUAUCUUUUCAUGUAAGGUACCCAAGAGAUAACUUAAUGAGGAGGAAGUGGAAGAACCCCACAAUUUAUCUGUGAUGUUGGUUGGAACUAGAAAUGGUGACAUCUUGGAAGCAGCAUUCUAGGUAGAGUCUUAAGGCUUAAAGUUACAACAAAUUAGAAAAUAGGAAAGUCAUUCUGAGGAUGAGCAGGACAACUCCAAUGAUUCUAGUGUAUCUGAACAAUAGCAGAGACAACAUUAUACAACAACAGAAACUUUGAAAUUCAACUAUUCCAUUUACAUGAGAUCACAUCAAUCAUAAAUAUUUGAUAGUAAAUAACAAAUAGAUUUCUUUAAUAAGAAGAUGUUCAUCACUCUCCAUCCCACCUAACCUAUUAUGGUAUCGAUGGGAGAAGAUCAGAAAUUAAUACUCUGGGAUACUGAGAAUAAUUCAUUGCUAUUAGUCAAGAAUAUGGGUAUGACUCCGACUGCCAUCCGAUUAUCACCAGAUGGAGAUCUGCUAGUCAUUGGGUUCCAGAAUUCAAUGGUUGUGAUUAUGGACUCCAAGAUUCAAAAGAACACAAUGGGAAAAGUGAGUGAACGUUACUUGUUGCCAUCCUUGGACAUCAUCAUGAAUAUCAAGGAUAAGGAUAAUAAGACACCCGUUUUGAAUAUAGAGUUUUCACAUAAGGGGGACAUGCUUGCCAUCUCAUAUGAUAAUGCUCGUAGUUAGAAGGAUGUAUUCGACUCUAAGUUGGAAAAGGAGGGUUCUUUCAUUUCCGUGUGGGUUAAUAGAGGUUCUCAUCGUACAUCCAAGUAUAGAGCAACAGACAAGAAUCUAUAUUUGAAAUACACUGACAUUCGUUGUCCUUCACUUUAUGAAUCUUAUUAGACUGACAAUGACACUUAUGGAGUGGCUGCUUACUUCAUGACAUUCAGUUAGGAUGGCAAUUAUCUGUUAAUUUAUUAUCAAUUGAUAAACAAUCAGUAAACAAGAAUCAACAAUGAUCCUCAGGGAGUGUACAUCAUCUGGGAUCUGAAUUCAAAUACAUCAGUCAAAAAUUGGGAGACCAUCAAGAACAUAUAGUGGAAGAAGUUGAAUUUCCCAAAUAGUUUGCAUUCCUAAUACCAGUUUUAUGAUUCUUUGAUAGGAAAUCCGAAGUAGAAGUAAGAACAAGAGACCAAUUUGGCAAAUGAAAUACUCAAGACUCCAGUGAUGUCAGUGAUGGUUGACAUAUCUCCAUUUCUAAUAUGUGGAAGCACCAAUGGAGAUUUACAUCUGGUCAAAUCCUCUUGUCUUUACUAUGAUAAAGAUUUUAUCACUGAAAUCAGUAAAAAAUAGAAGUGUUUGGCUAAGUCAUAUUCUGCUCAUGUUUCAUUUGUGAAUCAAAUAGAGACUCAUCAGAAUGCUCAAUAUCUUUAUACUACUGGUAUAUUGGAUGAAUGCAUUAUGAAAUGGAAAUUGACAGAGGAACAAUAGAAUUGGGAUUUGGAUUAUUUGAUUUAUGAUAAGAAACAAGCAGAUCUGUUUUAGGAAGUGUAAGAAAAGGAGAAAUUCAAAAGUUUGUUCUCCGAGUUACUACCCUUACGUUAGGGGAUAUCAGAUAAAGUGAAGAAUGUGGAUGACACCAAACAACCUGAAGUGGAACUCAAAUUGGAAAGUAUAAUUGGAAGAAGAGCAUUCACAAGGAGGAACAAUCUAUUUUAUGACUAUGAUGAAAGACUGAUUUAUGUGGCAGGUUGCAAUUUGGUGAUUGCUAGUUUGGAUGAUGAAGAUGAAUAGGAUGACAAGAUUACAUCGUAAUUUAAGAAAUACAAUGGAGGACAAUUGCAAUCAGAGAGCAAUUCAGUGUUCCAAUAAUUCAUUAAGUUAGAUCAAUCAGAUACAUCAUCAUCACCUGAGAUCUCAUGUAUUACGUUGAGUCAAGACAAGAAAUUAUUGUGUGCUGGUACUAUUGAAUUGAAUGCUAAAUUAUUGAUUUGGGAUAUAUGUUCAAGAACGUGUGUUAAGAAUAUUGUCAUCAAUAAUGCAGUCAUGAUUAUGAAUAUCAAAUUUGCUUAUGACAAUAGACAUCUUAUU